AUGGAAGAUGUGCUUUGUACCGGUAGUGGGUUGAAUCAAGAAAUGACACUUUCAAGACCCGGAGAUACACGUUGGAAUUCCCACUACAAAACGCUUUCGCGUUUGAUUACUUUAUAUCUAAGCAUUAUGGAAGUUCUUGGAUGUAUAGUAGAAACUGGUCAAACUCUUCCUUGUAGUAGACAAGCGGACGGACUUCUAGAGGAUAUGAAAAAAUACGACUUUGUGUUUUACAUACACUUGAUGGAGCAUAUUCUAAACAUUACACACACGUUGUCCCAAUGUCUACAAAGAAAAGAACAAGAUUUGAUGAAUGCGGUUAAAUUGGUUUCUACCACCAAAAACCAACUUGAAAAGUUUAGGUUGGAAGGAUUUAAUGAGUUCUUGAAGAAUCUUGUUCUCGUAUUACCCGUCACAACCGCAACCGCUGAAAGAUGUUUUUCGGCAAUGAAGAAUGUGAAGACCGACUUGCAUAAUGGAUUGACGAUGAGAAUUUAA